AGGAGAGGGACAAAAUUUGGAAGCACGAUAAAAGUUGCCCAGUUGCUAAUUUUCUUGACCGUGGCGUCAAAUAUCACACACAUCACAUUAUUUGUUUCUUUCUUUUUUCUUGCUUGGAUGAAUCUUCUACCUCUUAUGCAAAAGGGUAUUGAUGACAUUGUGUCACCUGUUUCUCUAUUAUUUUAACAAUCAAUACCUAUUCAUGAAUGCGUGUAUAUACUAUAUAAAACCACCCCAACUCUUCACAUUCUCAAUAUUCCCAUAGAACAAUUUACAAUGACUACUAUUUCUUGUAUGCCACUUUCCUUUCUUUGUUGCCUCUAUGUAAUAAUGGUAAUAACUGAAGCCAGCUUCACACCAGAAUACCAAAGAGCCAAAAUCUGUUCCAAUGAAAAUGGGAACUACACAGUGAAUAGCACGUACCAUAGCAACCUCAAGACCCUCUUAUCCACCCUCACUUCCCACACAGAAAUCAACUAUGGUUUCUACAAUUUCUCGUAUGGCCAAAACACAGACAAAGUAUACGCCAUUGGGCUGUGUAGGGGAGAUGUUGAGCCAGACGAGUGUCGCACUUGCCUCAACUAUUCUAGACUCAUUCUCACACAAUUUUGUCCAAAUCAAAAAGAGGCAAUCAAGUGGGAAGCAAAGUGCAUGCUGCGCUACUCGAACCGUCCAAUAUUUCGCACCAUGGAAACUGAUCCUCCCUUUAGAAUGAAUAACCUAAACAAUGCAACGGAUGUGGAUGAGUUCAACAAAGUGUUGGGUGAGUUGGUGAGAAGUCUAAGAGGCAAAGCUGCAUCAGGUGACUCUCGUCGUAAGUAUGACUCGGGCAAUGCAGUUGCCGCAAAUUUUCAAACCAUAUACGGUCUUGUGCAGUGUACACCUGAUUUGUCAAGCCAAGAUUGUGGUGAUUGCUUGGACUGGACUAUCUCAGAAAUCCCUAGAAAUUUUAAAGACAAGGUUGGUGUUGUGUUGCUUAAACCCAGUUGUAAUGUCAGAUUUGAGAUUUAUCCCUUCUUCGACCAUACCACAAUAUUGGACCCAGUUGUACCACCGGUAUCACCUUCACCAAAAGAAAAGGACAACUCAUUGCGGAUUACAAUUACCGUAGUUGUGACUAUUUUUCUCGUUCUUCUUGUUGUUCUGCUUAUUGUUAUUAGCAGAUAUUUUGGAAGGAAGCAAGCAAGGAAAAAUCUUUUGCCUGAUGAAGAUGAACACGAUGAAGAAAUUCAAAUGGUUGAAUCAUUGCAAUUCGAUUUAGACACAAUACAAGUUGCAACAAAUAACUUCUCAGAUUCUAAUAAACUGGGAGAAGGCGGGUUUGGAACUGUUUACCAAGGCUUACUCUCUAAUGGACAAGGGAUUGCUGUCAAAAGACUGUCAAGCAAUUCUGGCCAAGGAGACAUGGAAUUUAAGAAUGAAGUUCUUUUAUUGGCUAAACUUCAACAUCGAAAUUUAGUUAGACUACUUGGUUUCAGUUUGGCAGGGAGAGAAAAACUACUUGUUUAUGAAUUUGUUCCUAAUAAAAGCCUUGACUACUUCAUAUUUAAUCCAACAAAGAAAGCACAAUUGGAUUGGGAAAGGCGUUACAAAAUCAUUAGAGGUGUUGCUCGAGGUCUUCUCUAUCUUCAUGAGGAUUCAAGAUUGCGCAUUAUACAUCGUGAUCUCAAAGCAAGUAAUGUUCUCUUAGAUGAAGAAAUGAUUCCUAAGAUAUCAGAUUUUGGCAUGGCAAGAUUAAUUGUUGCAGAUCAAACACAAGAGAAUACAAGUAGAGUUGUUGGAACCUAUGGAUAUAUGGCCCCUGAAUAUGUAAUGCAUGGACAAUUUUCAGUGAAAUCAGAUGUUUUUAGUUUCGGUGUAUUAGUUCUUGAGAUUGUAAGUGGUCAAAAAAAUCAUGAUACUCGUCAUGAGAAUGGAGAAGAUCUAAUAAACUUUGCAUGGAAAAAAUGGCAAGAGGGGACAAUUACAAAUAUUAUAGAUCCAUCAUUAAUCAAUAAUUUACAAAAUGAAAUGAUAAGAUGCAUCCACAUUGGUUUACUAUGUGUUCAAGAAAAUUUAAGCAACAGACCAACCAUGGCUAACAUUGCACUCAUGCUUAAUAGUUGUUCUAUCACUCUCCCAGUGCCUUCAAAACCUGCAUUUUUUAUGGAUAGUGCAGCUACAAGCCUUCCAAACAUGUCAUGGGGUGUUAAUUCAGGGACAACAAUAUCGAGUCAAUCCACGACUAAAUCAAUUCAAGAGUCGGCAAACGAGGCUUCAAUUACAGAGUUAUACCCUCGCUAGAUUCUUGUUAUAAUGCUAAUAUAUGAACUUCUCAUCAACAUUAGUACAAUGUUAUGGAAUUUAUAAUAA